AGCCUUCUCCUGAUUGCAACCCCAGACACUUGCCGUUUUCUCAUCCGAUCCCAUCUGAGAGAGAGGUAGAUAGAGUGCCUGUGUGCAGCAUCAGCAAUACAACACUACCACUAAUCCUCAUCUCUUUCCCAGCGCGGAAAGUGCUACGGCCAACAUAAGGGAUAGGUACAACUACCAAGCCGGUUUUGUUGGUAUUUUUUCUAGCUGCCGUUGAUCAAUCUAUAUCCUCUUGAACUACUGAACGGCGCGACCGUUGGCCCAUGCGCAUCUGCAAGCCGCCUGCUAUCAAUUCAAGUUACUCCGGGUCCAACGUAUUUGCAUCAACCUCACCCCACGUCGUGCGCACAUAAUCCCACCGCUGCCGCAUCAUUGGGGCUGUCGUAUACCACAACCUUGAGCGCAUCUGCUGCCGUUAGCGUCGAUUACUUUUCACGCCAGCAUCAAUGAUACAUCCUCAGCAUCUAGCUCGGGCAAUUCCCCCUUCUUACCGAGCUUUGUGCCACAAAUCCUGUCGCACCAAAACGUUCCUCCUUCUCCGCCAAGCGCACCCCCCGACGAGGCCAGAGACCGCCGUAUCCUCUACGGUGAAUGCACUGUCAACAAGUGUCCGGUCAAUAUCAACCACUCAUUCCAUGUCAAAGAUGGCCGCACAGCCAAGCCGGGAUGCAGUAGCGGAUGACAUAAUCUUUGCUGCCGACCAACCAAGCCAUCUGCCCGAUCGAGUUUCGAGCCUCUUUCCCGCCUGGCAGCUCAGCGAGUCAAGAAAGGGCGUCACGCGCGAAUUUACCUUUUCGAGUUUUACAAAGGCCUGGCAAUUCAUGUCACUCAUCGCAGAUGAGUGCAAGGCCAAGAAACAUCAUCCUUCAUGGUCCAACCUGUAUAACCGCGUCAGCAUCGAAUGGACCACUCACAAGCCCGAAGGUCUCAGCAUCAAAGACGUUGAAAUGGCAGAGUUCUGUGACCAGAAAGCUGCCGAAAUUGGACUGAAAGAAUAGUACAUAGUAACAAUAGAUAGAUGUGGCUUGAGAAAUAAUAUAUUACCAUGCGGCACUCGGACAAAAA